AUGAUUGGAGCUAUUGUUGGAGGAAUCGCUGGGGGAAUCGGUGGAAGCGUUGGAAGUGAUAUAGCCAGCGAGGCUGCGAUGGACGCCCUCAAGUACGAUAUUUCAUAUCCAAAAUGUGUGAUUUGUCUGGAGACCUUCGAGUGCAGAAAUUUUGAAACGGACAGCAAAUCAUUUCCAAUCAGAAGACUUGUAAGAUGUGUGGAACGAGUUCAACGAAUGAAUCUGACUUAUGUGAAACAUGUGGAAGAAGUGAUUGGUGUGGAUCAGCAGAGCAAAAAUACAUAG